AUGACUAGCCAAGGAAGUCCUGGUGUGGAGUUUUCUACAACAACCGUCAGUUCAGUAGCUGUGCAAGCUGGGGAGUCCAAAAUCGUUAUAGCUGUCAUAAAGAGCGGCAAAUGGAUACAACUUCAGUUAGCUGAAUCACAGCCCAAUCUUCUAGAAAUUGGUAGCAGUCAAGAUGAAACCAAAAAACUUCUCCAUGAUCAUGAACUUCUUUUGGCCAAGCUCAAGGCUUUAGAAGAUCGAGUAUGGGAACUUUUACAAGAAGCUGACAAGAUAGCUGAAGAGAACAAGGAUCAGAGUCAGGUCUACGAUGCCAUGGCCAACACCUUGGGUGAAGCAUGGGCUGCCCUGGUCUCCAUGCUAGAAAGAAGAAGGGAACUCCUCAGGUUGACUUCUGAAUUUUUCGAAGAUGCCUUGGAGUUUGCUAUUAAAAUAGACCAAGCUGAAGAUUUCCUCCAGAACACUCAGGAGUUUGAGAGUGCUGAAUCCUUGAAAUCACUUCUUCAGCUCCAUGAACAUCAUACCAAAGAGCUCUUAGAAAGAUCUCUAGCCCUUCUAAACAAAAGUCAACAACUCACUGAAUUCAUAGAGAAAUUCAAAUGUGAUGGGCCUAAUAUGAAUCCCGAGUUGAUUCAGGGAGCUCAUAGUAGCUGCUUGAAGAUCGACAGCCUUCUUGAACUGCUACAAGACAGGAGAAGACAACUAGACAAGUAUCUGAAACAACAGCGGCAGGAGCUGGAGCAGGUUAUGCAGAUAUGUCAGUGGGACCAACAAGAAAACCAGGUGACUUGCUGGUUUCAGAAAACCCUAAGAGAUUUACAAGAACAACAUCUAGGUUCAUCACUGUCAGACAAUGAGGAGCUAAUUCGUAGGCACGAGGAAUUGACGAUAAAAGCAAAGGAAUGGAAUUAUGCUGUUGAGAGACUGAAAAGUGAGGCACUUGGGAUCCUGCUAUCAAAGGACUAUGGGGAGAAAGACCAUCUACAACUUUCUAACCAGAAACUCAGCCGGCUUCAAGAAGAAUUUGGUCAGCUCAUGGUGAAAAGGGAAACUUGGUUAAAAAAGGCAAACGAUUUUUUUAACAGUGCCAACAAGGCAUUUGAUGUACUUGGAAGAGUUGAAGCUUACCUUAAGCUCCUUAAGUCAGAAAGUUUAAGUCUGCCUGUCUUGGCCGCAAGGCAUGAGGAAUUACACAGAGAAAUUAAAGACUGCACAGCUGAUGCUUUGCAAAAGGGGCAAACCUUAAUUAAUCAAGUGGAUUCCUACAGCUCUUGGGUGACCGGGAUUCAUGAGAUGAUAGGAUGCAUUCAGAGAAGAAUGGAUCAUCUGACCGAACAGUGUUCAGCGCACAAGGAAUUUGCUCAUCAGAAACAGCAGUUAACAGCCUCCGUGGAGGGUUACCUAAGGAAGGUGGAAAUGUCAGUUCAGAAAAUCAGCCUAAUACUUUCCAAUGCAAUAGAUGUCAGUUCUAACCUGUCUGAGUCAGAGACGAUUAUGAAUAAAUAUCUGGAACUGGAUAUCCAAACUCAGGACACAUCACAUGAAUUAGAAGCAGCUGCAAAAAUCAUGACAGAGAAAAAUGAAUUUGGACCAGAUGAAGUGGUAUCACUUUCUUCUAAAGCUAAAUGGCUAGAGGAAGAAUUAAAAAUACUUGGUCAAAACAUUGGCUUCAGGUCACGAGUCCUGCAAACUCUUGUGGCAUUUCUAAAGUCAUCUGAAGAGGUAAAGGAGCAGUCUCAGAGCCUAAAGGAGUUUUACCAAACUGAAAUAUCUUGGAAGGAAGAGGAUGAUGCUAACGCCAAGUAUUGGUGUGACUCAGCUGAGAAACAGUGGCAGCUAUUUUUAAAGAAGAGCUUUUUCACGCAAGACCUAGGGCUUGAAUUCCUUAAUUUAAUAAUUAUGGCCCAAGAGAAUGUGAUAUUAAAUGUGAAAAAUGCAGUGCACAUUAUGGGGAACACCAUGGAGAACCAGAAUGCAGACAGAGAAGAACUUUCCUGCCUUCGGGUUGCAUGGCAAAUUAAGACCAUGGAAAAUAAGUCCAUGAAACAGCAGUGGGGAGCAUUCAAAGAACAACUCCUGAAGACGACUCACAACCUAAAACUUCUUCAGGAAGUACUUAUGCCUGUCUCUGUGCUUGACCUUGGAGGGAGCCUCCAGACCAUUUUAGAUCUACAAAGAAAAUGGAAUGAAAUGAAGCCACAGUUCCAGCAACUGAAUGAUGAGGUUCAGUACAUUAUAAAAGCAUCAGAAGAGUUAAAUGGUAAAGGAGCCCCUGUGAAAGACAAGUCUCAACAUCUGAGGGACCUUAUUCACCUCCAUGAAAAACAGAAAGAGAGAAUCCGAGAUUACGAGGACAUCCUGUACAAGAUAGUCCAGUUCCACCAAGUAAAGGAAGAGCUUGGACAUCUCAUCAAAUCAAGAGAAUUAGAGUUUCUAGAGCAGCCGAAGGAACCGAAUGAUGCUCGUGAUGCCCAGGUUCACCUGAGUCGCUCGCAGGAAAAGCAGGCACAUAUAGACCAUCUCCAUAAGCUGGCCCUUUCCCUGGGUGUGUGCAUCAUCUCAUCAGUGCAGCAACCUAAUUGCUUCAAUGUUUCUGCAAAGAACCUACAGCAGCAGCUGGAAAUCCUUGAGGGGAACAUUCUGAAUUGCCGUGCCAAAGCUGAGGCCUCUGAGCGAGCCCUGUCCCACAGCUUACAGUACUGCAUCGCAAGCGAUGAGCUCAAAGAGCUCAAAGAAUCAUUCAAAGAUAUCAAAAAGAAAUUCAACAAUAUGAAGUUUAAUUACUCUAAGAAAAGUGAAAAAGCACGGAAUCUGAAGGCUCUUAAAUAUCAAAUUCAACAAGUUGAUAUGUAUGCUGAAAAAAUGCAGGCUUUGAAAAGGAAAAUAGAAAAAGUUGAGAACAGAAUUUCUGACUCUUUUGCAAAUUAUCCAAAUAAUAAAGUUAAUGUCCUUUUGGAGACCAUAAAGGAUUUGCAAAAACAUGUGGAAGAGUUUGACAGAGUUGUGACAGAUUACAAAAAGAACUUGGACCUGACAGAGCAUCUCCAGGAGAUGAUAGAAGAGUGUUACUUUUGGUAUGAAGAUGCAAGUGCCACAGUUAUAAGAGUUGGAAAAUAUUCCACAGAGUGCAAGACAAAAGAAGCAGUGGAAAUUCUCCACCAGCAAUUCAACAAGUUUAUCAUUCCCUCAAUACCUCAGCAAGAAGAAAGGAUUCAGGAGAUCACGGACCUUUCUCAGCACUUAUAUGGUUUGGAAGAAGGGAAGAAGUAUGCUGAGAAAAUAGAGGCAAAACACAAAGAGGUUCUUGAGUCUGUUACUGAAUUGUGUGGAUCUCUCACAGAGCUUGAGGAAAAAUUGAAGCAGGGAGACAUUUUAAAGAUAAAUCUGAAUGUGGAAGGCUUCCGUUAUGAUUAUAUUGACCUACUAAAAAAGCCAGCAAGAAAUGAGCAGCUAAUAUUUAAUGAAGAAAGCAAUAAGGGGCGGGAGCAAGUGGCAGAUAAUGUAGUUAUCAAUGGAGCAAGAGAGAAUCUGCCUCCACAGGACCUGAAACAGCAGGCCUCAGCCAAAGAGGGUGGUGUCCAGGGCCUUCUCCUGCCUGAAGACCUGCUUUCAGGAGAGGAAUACGAGUGUGUCUCACCUGAUGAUAUCUCUUUGCCUCCACUCCCUGGAAGCCCUGAAUCCCUCCUGGCACCAUCGGAUAUGGAGGUGGAGCCUCCUCCAAGCUCCUGCUCCCUUGGCCUCCACUUAAGCAGCCUCAGGAUGCAGCCAGAAGCCAGCAGCCCAGGGGAAGCCCAGGAGUCUGUUCUGCCACCACCUGUGGCUUUUGCUGACACAUGCCAGGAUAAGAGAGAAACAUUUUCAAGUCAUUUUGAGAGGCCUUAUCCCCAACUCAAAUCUGAGGCCCCAUUUACCUUCCAGGGAUUUCAGGAAAAAAGCACUGCCUUUCGCAGAAUCAGUGCUAACCAUCCAGAGAGCAUGCUGAGUGAGGUGCAUGAGAGAGCUUUACAGCGGCACCCUCAGACACAGGGAAGCUUGCUAGGAACACGGGAGAAAAUGCAUGCUAAUAGUACGGUCACUAAAACCCAAGACAGGCUGCAUGCUUCCCCUGAGGCCAGCGGGGGCCAUCAGAUGCCAGUGGUUUCCCAAGAAGAGAUUAAAAGUACAUCAGCAAAGAACAGAGUGGUCAGCCUAGCUGGCCAGCCACCUAAUAUCUCCAGACUCCUGUCUAAUGUCACUGUCAUGGAAGGUUCUCCAGUGACUUUGGAAGUUGAAGUAACAGGAUUUCCAGAGCCUACACUGACAUGGUACAAGAAGGGCCAGGAAUUGUCUGCAGAUGGUCACUUACAGGUUUGUCACAAGGAGACAAGGCAUUCAGUGUUCAUUUCGAAGGUAUGUGAGGCAGACACAGGCCUCUAUGUGGCUCGGGCCCAAAACUCUAGUGGCACUCUCUCUUCCAGUGUCUUCCUGCACGUAACAGGUAACCGCAAGCCACCAAUCACAAGAAUAAACUGGAUUACGCUAUGUGUCAUCUAUGUUAGUGUGUCUUUAAUGUACUGGCUAUCCACACUAUGA